AUGUCUUCCGUCCUGCCUGGAGAGCUCGUCCCUGCUCAGCACGUCAACCUCAAGCUCGGACCGGGACUUUUGCGGCAAUCGUCUCUCAAUGGACAGCCUUUGGUCAUUUCCACGCGUGCAGGAGAAGUUCAUCAUACCACAAAUCGCAGCCGGUGGUGGAUAGAGGGCAAUUCCCGUCGGUAUGUCCCCGCACCACAAGAGUCAGUCGUGGGCGUCGUCGUCGGUCGGAGCGGUGAGAACUGGAAGGUGGACAUCGGGUCUUCGCACACGGCGACGUUGGACGGCCUCGCAUUCGAGGGCGCCACAAAACGUAACCGACCAAAUCUGAAGGUUGGUUCCUUACUAUUUGCCCGCGUAUCUCUGGCACACAAGGACAUGGAACCCGAGCUGGAGUGUUUCGACGCACAAACCCGGAAGGCGGAAGGGCACGGUGAGUUGAAAGGCGGAUUCCUUGUACAAUGCAGUCUCAAGAUGUGUCGAAUGUUGUUGGACCCAAAUCACUUCUUGUUCCCCUUGCUUGGCUCGCGCUUCCCCCUUGAAUCAGCAAUCGGCAUGAAUGGGAGGGUGUGGAUUAGCGCGAAGGACCCCAGACAAGUUAUCGCCAUCGCGCGAUGUAUUGAGGCCGUAGAUCCGGAUGGUGGCGGCAUGGACGAAGCAGCAGCGAAGAAGUUCUUGAGCACAUUAGAUGUAUAG